CGUUGAUUUCCCAGUGGAAAGACUAACGUAGUGAACUUCAGGAAACCUGCAAACGGCAAAAUGGCUGGUGCCAUAGUGCGUUGUUUUCAGGUUCCGAGGAGACAAUUGGGUCUCCUUGGAGCAGGCUUAAGUAGCCAGCCGCAGAGAACGUUUGCCGAUGCUGCGCCGGAGGGAAAAAAAAAGGGUGGUCCCUUGGCUGACCAGGACCGUAUCUUCACUAAUUUAUAUGGAAGACAUGACUGGAGGUUGAAAGGUGCUCUGAGCAGAGGAGAUUGGUAUAAAACCAAGGAGAUCAUAGAGAAGGGUGCAGAUUGGAUCAUCAAUGAAAUUAAAGUCUCUGGUCUGAGAGGUCGUGGAGGUGCUGGAUUUCCUUCUGGCAUGAAAUGGUCUUUUAUGAACAAACCAUCUGAUGGAAGGCCAAAAUACUUAGUAGUAAAUGGAGAUGAAGGAGAACCCGGUACUUGCAAGGAUCGUGAAAUCUUACGUCAUGACCCACACAAGUUGGUGGAGGGCUGCCUUAUUGCUGGUCGUGCAAUGGGUGCUUGUGCAGCUUACAUCUAUAUUCGUGGUGAAUUCUAUAAUGAGGCAUCAAACAUGCAAGUUGCCAUUGCUGAGGCUUAUCAAGCUGGCCUCAUUGGAAAGAAUGCUUGUGGUUCUGGCUAUGAUUUUGAUAUAUUUGUGCAAAGAGGGGCUGGAGCAUAUAUUUGUGGAGAAGAAACAGCUCUCAUUGAAUCUAUUGAAGGAAAACAAGGAAAACCAAGAUUGAAACCACCUUUCCCAGCUGAUGUUGGAUUGUUUGGAUGCCCUACCACUGUCACUAAUGUUGAAACAGUUGCUGUGGCCCCUACUAUCUGCCGACGAGGAGGAUCGUGGUUUGCAUCAUUCGGCCGGCCACGUAAUCAUGGAACAAAAUUGUUUAACAUCUCCGGACACGUAAACAACCCUUGCACGGUAGAAGAAGAAAUGUCCAUUCCCUUGAAAGAACUCAUUGAAAGGCAUGCUGGAGGAGUGAUUGGUGGAUGGGAUAAUCUGUUGGGUGUGAUCCCUGGUGGAUCUUCCACACCAGUUAUUCCAAAGAGCGUGUGUGAUACAGUAUUGUUGGACUUUGAUGACCUUGUCAGAGUGCAGAGUUCUUUUGGUACCGCAGCUGUGAUCGUAAUGAAUAAGCAAACCGAUAUUAUUAAAGCCAUCACGCGGCUCAUCAGCUUUUACAAACACGAAUCGUGCGGUCAGUGCACUCCGUGUCGCGAAGGAAUUAGCUGGAUGUUCAAAAUCAUGAAGAGGUUCGUGGAGGGCAAAGCAGAAGAGCACGAGAUAGAUAUGUUAUGGGAGCUCACUAAACAAAUUGAACUGCACACUAUCUGCGCCUUAGCGGAUGGUGCAGCGUGGCCGGUACAGGGAUUGAUCAGGCAUUUUAGACCUGAGAUAGAAGAACGUAUCAGGCAACGUAAACAAGCUGUGUCCCGUUAGAAAAUAAAGAGUUUUCUACGUCAGCCCUUUGCCUGCGCCGCUAUCGAGGAUGAGCAUUCAACACCAGUCAUCGAAGCAUUUUAUACGCGUUGUGAAAGGACAUGUAUUCGAUGAAUAUAUUGUAAUCUACACGAUGGUCCGAUAUUGAUGACGUUGGUUUCUCAGAUAAA